AUAUUCGUCGAUAAUCUCUCUCCCAUCUCUGUAUGUGUGUGUCAUUGUGGUUUGGAGGAGUUUGCUAGCGUGCGCAGGGGGAGUGAUCGACGCGCCCGUGGGUUUGGAAAAGGGUAGCAAAAGAGAGGGAGAUUGAGACAGUGCGCAUAAUAGCAUCCACCAUAGUCGGAGAAAAAGAGCUUCGUGUAGUCGUUUUUUCCGAACCGCUCAAGGUUGUUCUUCCCCCGUAUUUGCUCGAAUAAACCCAACCACUUCCUUUUUCUUCUUCUUCUUUCUCUCUCUAAAAUCUCCAUGGCUUUCGAUUUCUGAGUUUUCUCUCACUUCCUCUCUCUUUCUCUCUCUAAAACUUUUUUUUCUUUCUUUUUUUCCCCUUUUCUUCGUUUCUGAUCUGGGAAGGGAUAUAUAAUUUUUCUUUUUUAGGGUUAAGUAGUUUUUUUUUUUUUUUAAAUAAAAUAAAAUUGCAUUAAAUUGAAAAUGGCUGCUCCACCAGCAAGGGCUCGAGCCGAUUACGAUUACCUUAUAAAGCUUUUGUUGAUCGGCGAUAGCGGUGUUGGUAAGAGUUGCCUUCUUUUGCGUUUCUCAGAUGGUUCCUUCACCACUAGUUUCAUCACAACCAUUGGUAUUGAUUUCAAGAUUAGAACCAUUGAGCUAGAUGGAAAACGGAUCAAGCUUCAAAUUUGGGAUACAGCUGGUCAAGAACGAUUUCGUACCAUCACAACUGCUUACUAUCGUGGAGCCAUGGGUAUAUUGCUGGUCUACGAUGUCACGGAUGAAUCAUCUUUCAAUAACAUUAGGAAUUGGAUUCGCAACAUUGAACAACAUGCUUCAGAUAAUGUUAACAAGAUACUUGUAGGGAACAAGGCUGACAUGGAUGAAAGCAAAAGAGCUGUGCCUACAUCCAAGGGACAAGCACUAGCUGACGAGUACGGGAUCAAAUUCUUUGAAACUAGUGCAAAGACCAAUCUAAACGUGGAGCAAGUUUUCUUUUCGAUAGCAAGAGAUAUAAAGCAAAGGCUUGCCGACACAGACUCCAGGGCUGAGCCUACAACAAUCAAGAUCAAUCAACCAGAUCAGGCAGGCGGGUCUGGUCAAGCUGCACAGAAAUCAGCUUGCUGUGGUUCUUAAGAUUGACUAAAUUGUUUUGUGAGGGCAUGAAUUCAAGCAACGCUGCUGGUUAAGGAGAAAAGAAAAAAGAAAAGAACUAAUUGUAUGACAAUUUGAUGGGUGCUUUGUAAUUCUACUUGUGUUCAUUCUUUUUAAAACUUUUCUAGUGUGUGAAGGUAGUUUCCUAAUAUGUGAGAAUUUUAUUUUCUGGCUA